UUUAAAGUUUAAACCUCAAGAUACCCCGAACGGCUGCCAUAACGGCUGUGAACGGGUUUGUAAACCUACGUACCUCAGGUGUUGGUGUUGCCACUACCCUGGACCUAAGCACUUGUUCUUAUUACCUUUGAUCCUAUGAGGCAAAUGCAUAACUUAUGAAGGCGCCAACCUCAGCCUAAUUCGUUUUAUUAUUCCUUUGGUUACGUAGAACAUGUCCGGAUUGCACAUAGGCUCUAGGGAUAAUCCGUUGGCCAGCGUAGGAUCCAGAUCAAUAUGUGGAACAGUGACGAGAUAAUGUUAUCUGGACUGAACUGCAUCAGUCAUAGAAAUAUGCCAUCAUCAAAUCACUUUAUUUGGCCGCUCAUGCCUAUCGAAUGAGAAGCAUGCACUGUUUACUGACAAUUGCCGGCCAACAUCAUGAUAAGAUGCUUACCUGAUGUGAACCAUUGAUUGGCACACGGACCAAAACGUCCCGGAGCGGGGGAGCACGCCUUGCAGGAACCAACAACGUCGAUAUUUGACUUCUUCCAGCUAGAAACAAGCCCUAAAUACCGUCAAACACUAAACAGAUGUCUAGAGAAAGCCCAGAGAAACCAAUUGGCGGCUCAGAGAAUGGCGAAUCAUGGACGGUUGAGAAAGCCCUGAGUCACAAUGACCUAGUUCAUAUAUCAGAUUCACCGAUCACCUUUUUCCAUCUCCUUGGCCUUCUCAAGACAACAAAGCGUGAAGGUUGGAAGAGACACGGAAUUAAGUAGGUUGUAGGCUAUUUCCGAGUAUCUUUUACGGAUGGGCUCACAAGUACCAGUCCCGAGUCGGUUGCAGAUCAUUCUUAUCGAAUGGGCAUGGUAGCAAUGUUUGCACCACAAGAACUUGACCAAGCCAAGUGCAUGAAGAUGUGCCUUGUUCACGACAUUGCGGAAUCUGUCGUGGGAGAUAUUACCCCUUUCAGCGGCGUCUCUAGGACUGAAAAGGGUAGAAGAGAGGCCGCAACCAUCGCGUACAUUGCCAACCGAUGGUCUGGACCAUACACUGCCGAGAUUGAAAAUCUCUGGCAUGAAUUCGAAGCUGGUGAAACCCCGGAGGCUCAGUUUGCCCAGGACAUUGACAAAAUCGAGCUCCUUCUACAAGCAGUUGAGUACGAAAGGGAGAGUAAGAAUGAAAAAGACCUGGGUGAGUUCAUGGGAGUUGCCCGAAAGUUACGAACUGAGGCUGGAAAGGCAUGGGCAAAUGAAAUACUGGGGGAUAGGGAGAGGUUUUGGGAGGGCCGGCAACACUUGAGGGGAGAACAUGCCCAACAAGGAGGGCUCUCUGAAGAGAUGACAAAGGCUCAUGAUGCAUAUUAUGGAUAGCUCGGGAAUCAAUUCCACAAUUCCUACAUUUAUUAGUCGUUGAAUUUCUUGCGUUGAUAAAUUUUAGUGGCUGGGAUAUUGCUGCUUAGGAAAGCAUCCUGACUCGUUGAUGUACUCUAUAAGAAAUAGGAGCAAACAACAUUCGAAUCGCAGUCACUUGAGACUCAAUUGUCAGCAGGUAUUCAAGUCUCCCCCAAUAAUGUCAGCUUGGAGCGGAUCAUGCAUAAUGUGUAAUUCAAACAACACGCG